CACUGUUAUGUUAAACGGUGUUCCUGUGACAGUAUUUGUGUUCACCGCAUGCUUUUAGCUCCUUAAAAGCUAGUGCAUUGUGUCACUAGUUGCGUCCAUGCUCUUGGUGUUCUAAUUGCGCUUUCACCCGAUCUAAAAGACGGAUUUUGUGCCCUUUGAAGGCCUCUAAGAAGAUGCUUGUGAAGCGUCUCAUUUCUACGUUUGUUCCCUCCUUGGGUUUCUCCUGUUAUUCAGCACCAAAUACGCUGAAAACUGGAGCCAUUUUAAAGCAGGCAAGAACAUUUUCAAAUGAGGAUGUUCUUAAAUAUUCAAAGCUGAGCUAUGACUCCAACCCUCUACAUUUUGACGCUGAAUGUGCCAGAAAUGCUGGAUUCAAAGGUGUACUCGUUCCUGGGAUGCUUGUUGCUUCGUUAUUUCCUAGAAUCAUUGCUUCCCAUUUUCCUGGAGCUGUAUAUGUUUCACAAACCUUGCAGUUCAAAUUACCAGUAUAUAUUGGAGAGGAGAUUAUUAGUGAAGUUCAAGCAACUAAUAUAAGAGAAAUGAAGAACAAAUACAUUGCAAAAUUCUCUACCAAGUGCUCCCAAAAUGAUGGCCUUGUUGUUCUUGAUGGUGAGGCUACAGCAAUCUUACCUACUCUGGCGAUGUAACAAGUCUGAUCUAUGUACUUGUUCAAGCUGUUCAGGGCAUGGAGUCUUAGCUGAAAUCUCGUUGUUGGGGCUACUUUUGUCAUCUCCUAGCAUCAGUUUUGCAGAAGCAUCUUAACAGAGUGAUCUUGUAUGUUUCAUCAAGCGCUCAGGGAUCUUCACUUAAAGGUUUCUAAAUGUAAACUUUUGUAGAGUUACGGAAUUUCUGAUUAGACUAUGACAUCUAGAACGCAAUGUAAUAGAAUACAUCGUACAAUGAUUAUAAACCCUACAUAUUAG